AUGUCUUCGGGACUGAAUGCCUCUUGGAGGAAGUCUCUCCCUGUCCCAUCCUCCUUCCCUUCCUCCUUCCUUUCACACCUCGCUGCAACCACUGACGUGGCUGUUUCUGUCUUCCUCAUCAUCACAGGAACAGUGUCAAUUUUGGGAAACGGGGUGGUUCUGCUAGUUUUUAGCCGCAAGAGGACUCAUCUGAGGCCCCCAGAGCUCAUGACCAUAAACCUGGCGAUCUGCGAUUUUGGAUACAGCCUCCUGGGGGCGCCAUUUCUCAUAUAUUCCAGCUUGUCCCAUGCCUGGGUGUUUGGGGAAGCUGGGUGCAUGUGGUACGGGAUUCAGGGUUCCGUUUUCGGAAUCGGUUCCCUCAUCACCACGUGCCUCAUUUCACUUGAACGGUGCCUCAAGAUCUGCAGUUUCAGAUAUGGUCAGUGGAUAGAGAGAAGACAUGUGGCCAUGUCUGUUGGGUUGGUGUGGAUCUACACCAUUUUCUGGGCUUCUCUACCAUUGGUGGGAUUUGGAAGUUAUGGACCAGAACCAUUUGGGACAAGCUGCACUAUAAACUGGUGGAGACUGAAGUCCUCUCUCAAUGACAGGAUCUACAUCUGCCUGACAAUGACCUUGUGCUUUGCAAUCCCUGCUUUGACCAUGAUAGCCUCGUACAUCAUCAUCCUGCUGACGGUUCAUCGCUCGGGGCGUUCUCUGGCAUCUAUACCCUCCUCAGCUGUCAGUCACAGUAAAAAAGACCUGCGACUUACGAGGAUUGCAGCUGUGGUGUGCUCCACAUUCCUCAUAGCCUGGACCCCCUAUGCAAUCGUCUCCAUCUACUCUGCGCUUGUAGUAAAGGAGGAGCAAGGAGGGGACACAGGGGUCCAGAGGGGAGGGGCAGGGGGGGGAGUGGUGCCCUCCAUGGGAGAGGGGGACAGAAUUCCAGCUGUGUUCAGCCUCUCCACUUUCUUCAACUGGAGUUCCGCAGAAAACACACAUGAUUCUCACUCUUCAAAAAACACCACCCACGAUUCCCACCCUGGACUAGGCUCCAGUCCUACGUUCAGCUCUGACUCUCCAUUGGGAAGUCACAGUCCUCAUCCUGUGUCCGAUUUACCACCUGAACUCACGCUGAUACCAGCAAUGCUGGCCAAGUCUCACUGUAUGAUAAACCCAUUCAUAUACCAGAUCAUGAACAAGGAAUUCCGGGAAGAUGUGUACUACAUGUUCUGUGCGAGAGGAAGGGAAAGUGAGAGAAGGAGAUGGAGAGGCAGGGAAACCAGCUACACAGAGGGCAAUCGCGGAAGCAUAAGCCUAUCCUAUUGUCACAGCUGGAGCAGAAAAAGCACAAACACCACUUCAUCAGCGGUCGAGACGACCAGCAAGAGGGACACAGGGAGCACGAGGAGAUGCAAAGGAACUGGGGGCUAUUGGCAAGACAAUCAGUCUGUCGGGGAGACUUCAGUGGAUGUCCCCAAUCUGGACACCCAGGUCAACCUGGACAGACAAUCAGGAAGUGAAGGAGAAUCAACACUAGGGAGAGAGGGACACUUGAUGGCGAGCAGUUUAAUUUAUGAGUAA